AUGUUAGAAAUUCGUCUUUAUGAAUUAUAUGAUUAUGUUACUCUUUUUCUUAUUGCUGAAAGUAAUCAAACACUAAGUGGAAAACCAAAACCAUUAUUUUUGAAAGAAAACUGGUCACGUUUCACUCGAUAUCAUAAGAAAAUGCGUCGUGUUGAAGUGAAUCUCAUGACUCCAAUCAAUAAGACAACAGAUUCAUGGGGUAAUGAACGAAAAAUGAGAAAUGAAGGAAUUCGAUUAGCUUUACCAAAUUCAACUAAAGAUUUCUUAUUACUUACAUCAGAUGUAGAUGAAAUACCUAAAUCUCGUUUUGUUCGAGCUCUUGCUUCAUGUCAACUACCAUUACC